GCUUGCAUCAGCACUGCAACGUUUAGCGAUAAUUAACAUCCAAAAUAAUGAGAAUAUUUUCGAAAUGAAUCGCUUUCGCAAUUUCGUUUUUAGAGACUUCCUUUUAGACUUAUUACUCGGAGUAAUCGUCACAAUAAUGUGGCUCCGACGCGAUUGGUGUCACUAUCUCGAUAUGCUCGCAAUCGAAGAGAAGGUUAAGGUUAAGACUGAUUGAGAUUCGCCGCGAAAUCGUCCAUCUGUGACUCAUCUGUAUUCGUCUUCUUCUGGGAAACAUGGAUCCCGGUGUCCUUUCGCGGUUGAUCCCGCAGAGCAAGGAGCAGGUGAGACCGGCCUGCAAGAAAUGCGGCUACGCCGGGCACUUAACCUAUCAGUGCCGCAACUUCAUCAAGAUCGACCCCAACAAGGAGAUCGUGCUGGACGUGAGCAGCACGAGCUCGGACAGCGACGAACAUUACGUCACCCCAUUGACGGAGCUGCGGGAGCGCGAGUUGCGGAAGAAGCUGCGGGUGGCGAGGAGAAAACGGCGGGAAAAAAAGGCCAGAAAGAAGCGUAAAAAGAAACGCGAGAGCUCGGAGAGCAGUGACAGCGAGUCCUCGUCGUCGUCCUCAUCCUCGUCAUCAUCGUCCAGCGAGGAGGGCAAGAAGCAUAAGAAGGGAAAGAAGAGGAAGAAGAACUCCAAAAGCAAGAAACACAAGAAGCACAAGCGGCAUGACGAUGACGAUUCUGAUGGGAGCGAGGCAAAAGAUUAUCUUAAAGGGAGAUUAAAACGAUAAUGUUGUCACCUUUUGCUAUGUCAAGUGUUGCAAGCAGAAACGUUCCUACUUCAACCCCUGUGAGUUAGACUAUUAAAUUGAGUCGAUUGAAAGUAGUGGAUAACAGCGAAGCAAGCUAUGAUGGAGGAUAGACCACCACGUUGCAUACAUGUAUACAACAAACAAGGGAUAGGGUACAUCGGUGAUAGAAUGUUAGUUCCUAUAAGAGAUGAAAAGAAAAAGGAUAUAUUGGAUUGAAACAGCAACAGGUUUCUAAAGUUUCCAAGUUUGAUAGCAACAAUCUGGUACUCGUAGAUGACAAUGGCAUACCUCUAGGUACAAGAAUACAGGUGCCUAUUCCACGCAUACUCCGAAUGAAAAUGAAAGAAACUCGCAGCAAAGGAACAGAUUAUACUAAAUUAAUAGCGAUUACAUCUAGAUUCGUGUAGUGUAUCUAUGUUGCCUACUAUUGUAACAUAUGUAUUACAUAUUUUAUUGUGUUAAUAUUGUACUUAUUUAAUAUUUACUGCAGAACUUGUAGUAUAGAAGUGUAUUACUCAUGUAUCUCUGUGUAUUUUAUUGUAUAUUAAUAUUUUAAUAAUAAAAUUGUCAAAUUCGAACCUAUUUUGUUAUAUAUAUAUACUAGGGGUAUGUUCUACUUAACACACGUUUGCAACGUUUGCAUCACAUCUCGUCUCAUCCUUGUUUAAUGUUUGAUGAUAAGAAGGAUGAAAUGAUUGCAUAUCCUAUGCUGUGAAUUUAGUAUGUGACUAUAGCGCUGUCAAGUGUAACUUUAGUUCAAUUAUUAGCCACGUGAUGUCCAUCACUUUAUACUUAAAUUAAUUGUUGAAGUUAUAUUAUGCCUAUGUUAAUUGAUUUAUGAUAUUUUUAUUAAAAUUUUAACAAAUUGCAUAACUUUAAUUCUUCGCCUUUAUAGAAUUUAUUAUCAAAUUUGUCUUCAUCGAAUUCAGUAAUCAAAAUUAGUAAUGCGAAUAAUCCUUCAGUUCCCGAAAACACUUGUUUUCGAUAGGAUUCCUAUAUAAGAAUAGAAUAUCGAUAAGUAUUUCGGAUCCACCUGCCAGAGGUAGAGGGUAGA